AUGGAUCUCGUGAAAUUAAUAGCCGCCGAAGACGGGGUUCACGCGCGCGAUGCGUCGUCCCUCGUGCGCGUGGACGCGUCAACGGCGCGUCAAAUCCCGCUCGAAGCGCUCGACCAAAGAGUGCAGCCGCCGCUCGAGGACUCGCUUUUCGUCUCGCACGAUGUCUACGCCGUCGACGCGUCGCCUCAAGCGCUCAUCACCGACGUCAGAGAUUAUAUACACGUGUUUCGCGUGCGCGAGGACGUUCGAGAAGCGAUGGCGCGGUCGUUGGUACCGCUGGCGUUGAGAAAGUUCCGGCGCGGCGUCGAGGACGCGGCGCGGGCUCUGGGCGAGGCGAUCCCAGGGCCCGGCUCGGACGUGAGCGUGCAGAGGAGCAAUCGUGGGGGGUAUCAGAGCUACGCCGAUUUAUUGGAUUCGUCCGACGACGAGGAGGAGGAUGCGACGGAUGACGGGAACGCGAAGCGGCGGAGCGACAUCGAAGCCGACGGGAAGACGUCGAAGCGAUUUGACGGCGACAUCAAGUGGGCCAUCGUGAACGACAUCGCGAUCGAGGCUCGGUCGCGCGUGCGCGCGAAGACGCAGCGCGAGACGUGCACGCCCAGAGACGUGUACGGUUGGCUCAACGUGAACGCGCCGGGCGAUUACAACCGACUCCACGCGCACGACGACGUCGAUCGAUGGUCCGGCGUCGUCUACCUCGCCGUGCCAGAUCUUUCGCGCACGCUCGAGGUCCCGCUUGACGCCGGGUCUCUGGGUAUCCGCGCCCCGAGCGCGUUACUCGCUCGAAGCGACGCCUCCGCGACGCCGUACUUUGUCCACGCGCCCGCGCGCGGCGACGUCGUCGUCUUCUCCGGCGCCGCCCUACACGCCGUCGCUCCCUUCCCGCACCCGAUCGACGUCCCGAAAUCAGAACUUUCCUCGUUCGACGUUCGCGUUCCCGACGCGCGCGCCUCGCGCGUGUCCGUCGCCUUCAACGUUGACUAG